UUGUAGUAUAUAUAGUGGAGAUACUGCAGCCAAAGAUCAUGAAUAACUCCACAACAGCAAGUCAGCAACGACAAACAUAAUGGUCAGGCGAUGUUGCUUUUUGCCGCUAGUGGUGUUAGCUUGCAAUUUAACAAUCUGCACCAGUUGGGCCUUCUCCAUUUCCUCAAUCCUUAGCAAAGAGCUCUUCCAUUCCAUCUUCCUACACAAGGAUGACGCAGCUUGCCCUGCCAAAGACUUCUUCACUUACGAGUCUUUCGUGCAGGCAUCAAGGUGCUUCCCAAGCUUCGGAAACACCGGAAACUUAGCUACUAGGAAGCGAGAAAUCGCAGCAUUUCUCGCUCAAAUCUCCCACGAGACAACUGGAGGAUGGGCUACUGCACCCGAUGGCCCCUAUGCGUGGGGUCUCUGCUUCAAGGAGGAGGUCAGUCCUCAGAGUGAUUACUGUGAUUCCACCAACACCCGAUGGCCUUGCUCCCCCGGCAAAUCCUACAAAGGAAGAGGCCCUAUUCAACUAUCCUGGAACUACAACUAUGGACCAGCAGGAAGAGCCUUGGGAUUUGACGGUCUUCAUAACCCGGAAAUAGUGUCCAACAAUUCUGUCAUCUCAUGGAAAACCGCCCUAUGGUUUUGGAUGACGGAGCAGAAGCCCAAGCCCUCUUGUCAUAACGUCAUAAUUGGACGAUACCUUCCCACAAAGCAGGAUGUGGCGGCUAACCGCACCGUUGGUUUUGGCCUCCUUACGAAUAUUAUAAAUGGGGGACUCGAAUGCGGAAUUCCCACCGAUGCCCGGGUCUACGAUCGGAUCGGAUACUUCCAACGAUAUGCCAACAUCUUUAGUGUGGACACCGGGCCUAACUUGGAUUGCCAAUAUCAAAAACCCUUCUGAUUUCAACUAAUAUUAUUUAUAGAGCAAUAAUGAGUAGUCUCUUAUACAAAAAGUGCCUGUCUUUAUGAUGUCUGAAUAGGCCCCUUCAACAGCAUGUCAAUCAUAUAACAAAUAUAACUGCCCACUCAUCUAUGUAUGGCUUCAACUUUUCCUCCAUCA